GUAAUCUGUAAGGUGCACAAACAUAUAAAAUACAUUUAUAUUAUUCAAUUAAAUGUUAGUCUUCCCUUGUUGAAAUCAUGUUAAUAUUGCUAUUAUUUUGUUUUGUGUAUGUAGAAGCUGCUAAAAAACUACCUCCGUACGUUCAACAAUGCUACAGAAACGAUCCGAAUUUGAGCAAAUGCAUAGAAAAGAACGUGGAAAUGCUGCAGCCUAAGUUGAUCAACGGGAUUGCGGAGCUCAAAAUCCCGAACCUCAACCCAUACCCUUUACCAGCGACGCAGCUUUUCUGGAACAACUUGGAGUUAAAUAUGAGUAAUAUUCAAGCGUAUAAUAUUAACGAUUAUAAGGUGAAGAGUAUUAUCUUUAAUUACGAGGAAAGGACAUGGGACAUGGAGUGGAUUAUUAGAGAAGUUCGAAUAGAAACGGACUACGCCAUUAGGGGAAAGAUCAUGGUGUUUGAGUUGAAUACCGGUGGAAAAUUCGAAGGAACUUUCCGGGAACUGAGUGAAAAGUACACCGGCACAUUCGAUAUCGUCGACAAGAAGGGUAAAGAGUAUUUGAAAGUAAAAAGUACUGAUUUAAAAGCGAAAAGUAAAAGCGAAAGGUUUCAUUUUACCAACGUUUUCAAAGACGACGAGCUCAACACCAGAGCGAACGAAAUUCUUAACGAGAACGCCGAUUUAAUCACGGAUGAAGUUUUCCCGGCUGUAUUGAAAUUAGUAAAACUUCCUGUCGACAAUGUUUUUAUACAAUUGUUGGAAACGUAUCCUGCGGAUGUUUUAUUUCCGGUUAAGAAGUAAAUUGUUUGGUAUUAUAUUAAUAAAUUGAUUAAUAAUUAAGUUUAA